AUGUAGAAAUCAGUUUCUUAAUUGUCUACCUAAUAUAAGUAAAAAAACUCCUAAAACUGUCUUUAGGAAAUGCAAAAUAGGUUGUAAAAUUUUUAAUAAAGUUUACUUUAAGUAAACAAUAAGCUAAUACAUACGAAUGAUAAGCAAGACUAAUUUAGUGAAGGAUAAGACAGUGAAUUUUAGAACUGUAAUUCAUCAAAAAGAUCUAAUUAUAAAUAUAAAAAAAAUAUCAAUAAGAAUCAAAAUUCUUAAAAUGAAAAAAUUAAUGAAAAUCAAGUGGCUAAAGAUUAAAACAAGCAGCUUUAACCAAAUAAUUUUACUGAAUUUGUUUCAAAAACUGGCGAAAAACAAAAUUAAAAUGUUAAUUCACAAACUAUAUCUCCGUCUACCAAUACUAGAAAUGUAGGAGUAUUGCCUGACAUCAACCAGCAACAUCAUCAUAAUCAAUAUUAAAAGGCAGACAAUUAUUAUCUCCUAAAAGGAAAAAAAAAAUAAAAAAACAAAUAUUAAAAUGACUUAUAUGAAACCAGUUUAUCUGAAACAGUUUCAAGCAAGUCCUCACAAAACUUUCAAUCUUCAUCUCACGAACACCUAAAUCCUAAUCAUUAGAACAAAUCAAUUCAAAUAAAUAAAAAGGUCCAAGACUUAAAAACUGAAGAGGAUUCAUAAGAUGGGAUCUCUUUAAAUGAACAGAGAAAAAGAAUAUUGUAAGGAGUUUAAGAGUUAAAAAAGCUAAGAGAAAGAAGAUUUACUUUCAAAAAACUAAGAAAAAUAGACAAGCUAAAACAGCGAAUUAGUGUGCUUUAGGAAUUAGAAAAGCAGAUACCUCUGAUUCAAAACAUUUAGAAACAAAAAGAAAUUGAAAAUAAAUUAAACAUGAAUGGAGGAGAUGGAGAUAUUUCAGAUAUGUCUUUUAUUAGUUAGGAUGAGUGCCAAUCAAGAAACAGCGAUGACUUUAUCUUUGAAAAACUAGAUCAAAUUUCAGUUACUGAAAUGAGUGAAGAUAAUGAAAAGGAUAGAGUAAAUGAAAUAGAUGAAGUCGUGGUAUAACCCAAGUAAAUCAAUAAAAAUUACUAAGAUGUUCUACCAAGCAUUAAUAAUUCCACUAAAUCCACAAAACUUACAAACACGCUAGAAAGCAUUAUGGAGGAGCAUUAAGAUUACUUCAACCAUAUCGCAGGUAAGUGCGCAUGUGGAUAAUGUGAAUGUGGAAGAUGCCAUGUAAAAUGUUUAGUAAAUUAAAAGAAACCGUAAGUUUACAAUAUGAAAUGGGAAUCUUCAUAUAAUAGAUCUUAUAACCAUAACUAAAAUAAUAUAUUUAAAGAUUAAUAUGACAUAAAAAUGAUGAGAAAAUCCUACUAACCUCAAUAGUCAAUACCUUUUGAAUACACUUCAACUUUUAAAAGAGAUUAUCAAAACCCACCAGAUAUUAAUUUCUAAAGAGUUGUUAAAUAUGAUAGAAUCAAAGAAAGUCCUCUUUAUAGCCUUUCUACUUAUAAAAGCAAUUAUGUAGACUGGAAGAUAGGAGUAAAAGAAGAACCUGUUUAACUGUAGCCUGCAGAAAUGAAAACAGUUGUAUAAGGAGUUCCUUUAAUUGGCUCUUCAACCAUGAAAAAAGAUUACUAAGCCAUAGACCACGUUAAAACAAACACUGCUAAACCGCCUGAUCAAAGUCCUUUACCAAGGUUUUCUAUUCACAGAAGCAAUUUUAAAAAGCAUAAUGGUUUUAAUCCAUUGAAUUAAAUGGAACCAAAAAGUACUGAAUCAGAUAUUUUCAAGCAAAAAAAGCAUGAGUUCAUUUCAAUACCAUCAUUUGAAGGUCAAUAUCAAACGAGUUAAUCAGUUCAUUAGGAUUUAGGAAAAUAGCAUUGCGAGGGAACACAAAAACUAUAUGCAAUGUAUCAAAGAAAAAUAGAAAAGUAUCAAAAAAGACUCUAAGAAUAAAUAGAAAAACUAGAAUAAGCAAAAUGA